AUGGCCAACGAAACAAACCCCGACGAGCCGUCGUACAUCGACUACGAGACCUUCCUCGCCCCCGACUUCAGCCCCGCCACCUUUGCCAACUCGCUCGUCGUCGCCACAAACAACCCCAACGACAUACCUCUCGACCUCUCAACGCCUCUCUCCCGCGUCCUCUUCGACGCCCAAGAGGUCGAUUCCCACAUCGACCUCCUCGCCACCCGCUCCGCCGUGCCCCUGCUACAGCACACCCAGACCCAAACCGCCGCCAGCAAGCGCAUCAUCGCCGAGCUCGACACCCAGAUCAAGACGCUCAACGACAGCUACAGGCAGCUCGAGAAGGAGGUCAUUGACAAACAUGCCGAGGCCGACGAGGUGCGCCAUGUCGCCCUCCGCUUGUGGGAGACGCUGCGCCUCGGCCGCUCCGUCGGCCGCUGUCUUCAGCUUGGAAGACAGCUCCAGCUGCAGCACUCGGAACUCAGCAGCGGGCCGGCGUCCCGCGAGGACCUCGGCGCGCUCGUUCGAUGCUCAUACACGAUUCUCUCUCUACGCGAAGUCCUCGACAGCAAGGCCCCGGGCGAGGAAGGCCACGGCCUAAACCGCGUCGACGCCAUCCGCGCGCUGCAAGACAGCGUCAUCACUCCCAUAGAGCGCUCUGUCCGGGAAACAGCCGACCGCGUCGUCCGCGAAUUUGCCGUCGUCGGCAGCACGACGUUUGCGCAAGGCGAGGAGGCCAGGGCCAAACUGGAGCCAGCACUGACGGCGCUCUACCUCCUAUCUCCAACGCUGGGCGUCAAGGCCGACAGCUGGACGCCGCGGCUCCUCCUCGAGGCGCUAGAGCGGUACAUUCGCUCAGCCCUGCAGACGAGCAUCACGUCCCUGUCGCGCUCGCUGGGCCAGUUGUCGUCACUCGACCGUGCGCUCGCAGAGGUCACGUCCAAAUGUCAGGGCAUCGUCGGUCUCGAGGUCGUACUCGAGUCGACCAAGCCGCCCGCUCACCCACUCCUCCCGUUCCCGCCACCGCCACCGUCGACGGGCACGGCGCAGAAGCAGGCGACGAGUGGCGGCAACCUCCUCCAGCCGCUGCUGUCAUAUCUUGAGACAGGCUCGCUCGCGUCGUACUUUUGGCGCACCAUGGCGGGCAGCCUGGCGACGCGUGUGCAAGACAUUGUCAGUCGCGGAGGUGUCGUCGCCCGCACGCUCAAGACGAACAAGGGGAAUGUCGGCGACGCGAUCCGGCUGGCCGUCGUCAAGGGCUGCCAGCGGCCGGGCGCGUUGUCGACGGGCAAGGGCAAGGGGAAGACGGGCGAGGCGAACUGGGACCGCGAGGUGGCCGUCAUGGUGGGCAGUGUCGUGAACAACCUGGGGCGGUAG